AGUGAAUGUUAUUUGUAAAUAAUAUCAACAUUUUUUUUUAUAAAGAAUAAUGUAGAGGUGACAUUUACUGGAAUACACAUAAAAAUAACCUACAAUAUAGUGAUCGUAGACAACACAAUAGCUGCUGCCGGAUUGUUUUGAAGUAUGAUCGUUUCGUGAAACUUUUAGAUGAAAACGUGUAAAGUUAAAGAGCAAAAUUUCAAUAUGGUCAGGCAAAGAAGAGUAGAAGCCAGCAAAGCUGAUAAAGGUACAAACAGCAGCAGUAGCAAUGGGAGCACCUCAGUUAAACCAGUCAAGGAUAAAAAGACAAUACUAUCUUAUUGGAAACAGUACAUUGGUUUCCUCUGCUUCAUAUUUGCUGCAGCUGUAGGUUACAUGGGUUAUCUGGAGACUCGUGUAAAUACCCCUUAUGAUGAUAAAAAGAUUGUUAUUCAAAGUGGAUUGGAUAUUCCAGAUAGAUUCUGGGGUUCCUAUAGACCAGGUACAUACUUUGGUUUUAAGACCAGAGACCCACAUUCAUUGGUUACAGGAUUGAUGUGGUAUUUUCCCAAGAGAUUGAGGCCAGGUGGCGAUGGAAUUCGGCAUUGGUGCGAGCAGGGUGACAAUCUAGAUAAAUAUGGAUGGAUACAGCAUGACGCUACUUCUUUUGGCGUUCAGGAAAUCCACGACGGACCUUUCUUGCUGACAACAUCGUUUGUCAAGAGACUCGGAGGAUUGCACGGCGGAGAUUGGACAGCCAGAAUAUCGGUGGAAGUUAAGCCUGAGUAUGCUAAGAAACUCGAUGAGGAGGUUUCUUUGCUGUGGUACACCGCGUUCGAUGAGAAUAUUCAAGGGUAUAUUAAGACGACGAAUACUGGGAGCGAGUUAACGGGAAUUCGCGGCGAUACUCCUGGUUUGGGGAAAUUCAAUAUAAAAAUGUUCAAUCACUCUGGAAGUAUUGAACACGAGUCUUACUUAUCGACGGUCGCACCUGGAUUAAAUUUACUUAAAGAAACUGUGAUCUCGUCUUUGAGGUUGGCACAGGAUAAUCCGAAAUCACCGAGGAAGGUAGUUCUUGCUGGAGAAUUGAUGCCUGCCUCGAAUUCUCGCAUGGAACCGAACUUCAUUGCAACGCAGAUUACGGCGAAGCUGCCGUUUACUUUGGACGUGGUUUUCGAAUCUGGAAGCGUGUCUUCUCGGGAAAACAUGUUGGCUGGUGAUGUAUACACGCAGGAAUUGCAAUGGCAGCGACUGCGAUUUAAUCAACGUUUCGAGGAUACCUUUAAUUUGCAGGAAAAGGGAUAUAAAACUCGGGAGAUACAAUUUGCUCAAGCGGCGCUUAGUAACAUGUUAGGAGGCAUUGGCUAUUUCUACGGUACGUCAAGAGUUCAAAGUUCUUACACCAAAGAUCCGGUGCCUUAUUGGAAGGCUUCUUUAUAUACGGGUGUGCCUUCACGUAGCUUUUUCCCGCGCGGUUUUCUCUGGGAUGAAGGUUUUCACGGAUUCCUGAUCUCCACUUGGGAUUUGGACAUCGAAUUGGAUAUUAUGAGUCAUUGGUUCGAUUUGAUGAACGUGGAAGGUUGGAUUCCGAGAGAGCAAAUCCUGGGCGUUGAAGCUCUGGCUAAAGUUCCGGAAGAAUUCGUUACACAACGGAAUAGCAAUGCUAAUCCACCUACCUUCUUCCUAACUUUACAGCACAUCCUCAGGAAUCACGAAAAACAUUUAACUAAUAAACGUUUGGCAACGCUCGAAAGGCUGUAUCCUCGACUUCAGGCGUGGUUUGCUUGGUUUAAUAAUACACAAAAAGGAGAAGUGAGUGGUUCGUACAGGUGGCGCGGUAGAGAUCCUUUCACCAAUCGCGAAUUGAAUCCGAAGACGCUCACUUCCGGAUUAGAUGAUUACCCGAGAUCCUCUCAUCCGUCUGAUGACGAAAGGCACAUCGAUCUUAGAUGUUGGAUUGCGAUUGCUGCAGAUACCAUUGGGAAAUUGGCGGUGCUUUUAGGUGAAGAUGGUUACAAAUACGAUCAGACUGCGGCGUACUUGAAGGAUGAAGACUUGAUGAACGCUCUGCAUUGGUCCGAGUACUCGCAAAGCUAUGCGGAUUACGGAUUGCACACGGAUGCGGUCAUUCUGAAGAGACCCAAGCAGAAUCCUCGAGCUCAAACACAAAACUUGGAAAUGGUUAGGGUAAUCACGAGGACACCGGAAUACCGUUUGGUCGACAACAACUUCGGCUACGUUAGUCUGUUUCCGUUCUUGCUGCAAAUCCUGGACGAAAACUCGCCGCGUCUUUCGAAGAUUUUAAAUAAUCUCGAUGAUCCCAAUCUACUUUGGACUCCUUACGGGUUGAGGUCUUUAGCUAAAAGUUCUCCACUUUACAUGAAGAGGAACACCGAGCAUGACCCGCCAUAUUGGCGUGGACAAAUCUGGAUCAACAUGAACUUUUUAUCGAUUCGGGCCUUGCAUUACUACGCUGAAAAGGAAGGACCUUACCAGAAGAAGGCGUUCGAGCUGUACAAUAAACUGAGAAGCAAUGUUAUUAAUAAUGUUAUAAAUCAAUAUUAUAAGACUGGUUACGUAUGGGAACAGUACAACGAUAAAAACGGUGAAGGCAGCGGCUGCAAACCGUUCACCGGUUGGUCCGCUUUGGUUGUCCUCUUGAUGGGUGAACACUAUUAGAAGACUUAAAAUUCGCAGUAAUAAAUAAUUUUUAACAUCUUUGGUUGCGUUUGUAAUAAUAGACAUUAUUUUUAUUUGUGUGUUGUAAUGUUGCAAAGAAAUAAAACAGAAUAUAGAAAUAAUCCGCUGUGAUAGUGAAGAUGAGCCAGUAUAAUUAUCGAUAAUAUCAAAAUCACGGUAUGCAUGUUUGUGAGUGACAGUGGAGAACUUGUAAUAAAAGUAACUGCCAAAUGUAAUAUUUG